AUGCGCCAUAAAGAAGCUGGCAUCGAGACAAACCAAGUGAAUGAGCAGUGUUCAAAAGCAUGUGAUGUUGAGAAUGCAAAUGAAGAAUCUGGAAGUUCUGAUGAGAAUGAUUCAUACUCAGAAGGGUCGUCCACUAAGUAUGAAGAGUUUUAUAAUAGUGAAUGCAACAUGCUUGAUGACGAAUUGUAUGAUAAUUUUGUGGAUCGUGACGUCGAAUUUGUUGGUGUUAACAAAGGGAAAGGAGUUGAGAAAGGGAAAGGGGUUGAGGGUGUUAGAGGCACAAUGAUGGAUGCCAAUAAUGAGUUUUAUGGUGAAGGCUAUGACAUAGAUGAUAACUCAGUAUAG